AUGUCUGAAGCAUCACCAACCCACGUCUUUAAACGCAGUGUAAAGAACAAAUCUCGAUCACGUCGAGAGCAGACAGCAAAUGAUGAAGUGUCAACAGCUCCACUGCAACAAAAACCUGCUCCUUCUCAGUCAUCUAUGGAGGAUGGCCCUAUGUCCCAAGUAGCUAAACUCAAGGCCAAGCAACGCUCCCGUGCCAAGCGCCAAGGUGCUACUAACCUGAGUUUCGGUGGAGAUAACGAACAGGAUGAAACCGAGGAAUUUAAAGUAAAGAAGAGUGCCCUCAGCAACAAGCUCAAGUUGCGCGAUCCGCCCUCUACGCCAGGAGAAUCAGUUUCAAUUGAGAAAUCACCCAGCUCACCCACCCCCACGAAUCUCAAUCAAGCACGGCCAAAUUUUGCCUCUCAGACGCCGGUGUACAAUCAAGAGUAUCUCUCCGAGCUUAAAGCCAGCACCCCUUCAUCCUCAUCUCGAGUCCGUGUAUCGGACGUUAUGGAUGAUGACGCGUCCAUAGACAUGAGCUAUGACGAGUACACAAUCAUCACCUCGUUUCCUGAUGGUUGGCCUGAUGAGAAUACAGACGUCGUAUCCGCCGAUGCGCGUUACUCAUCGAUACCAGCAGAGUCUGAAAUUCGUGCUGCUAAGGAGAAACGAGAACGACUUCGAAUAAGGAGAACGGCUCCAGCAGGAGACUCGGAGGAUUUUAUAUCAUUGGAAGUUGGAAAAAGCGAUAGUUCUCGGUCGCAAGAAACUCGGUUUGUUCGUGAGGAAGACGAGAUCGGAGAAGGGGAAGAAGACAUGGCCCAAUACACUGGUGCACUUGAACGAAUAGCAUUAGGAAAAUCGGCACGAAAGAGGGAGGCCAAUGAACGCAGGGCCGCCAUUGCGGAAAUGAUUCAUAUUGCUGACGAGGAUGUCGACGAAGAAACCAAGGAAUGGGAAGUAGCUCAAGAACGUCGAGGCGCAGGGGUGCCGGAAACGGAUGAUACCAAAGAAGCCCCCAUUUACAAACCGAGACCAAGCAAGUUUUACUCCGUUGGGUAUCGUUCAGACGCUUACUACCAUUUUUCCUUAGUUCCCACACCAACCAACCUCCCAUCGCUUGUUACAGCUAUGUCUCGACUGUCUGGGACUCUUUCAAACCUUGAAUCUGCACACACCCGCCAUGAAAUCGGUCUAGAGGCUGUUGAAGCGGAAAGGACACAGCUCUUGCAGAAAGAAAUUGACAUGAGGCGCAUGGUGGAGGCAGCGGAACACAAGAGGGUGUGGUUUAACGAUAUGAAAGAAUGGAUGGACACCAUUGCUGUGUUUUUAGAUGAAAAGUUUCCCAAACUCGAAGCACUGGAAAAAGAACAUAUCUCUCUGCUUACCGAACGCUACGAUAUGGUGGCGCAACGAAGGAACGAGGAUGACGAAGAUGAUCUUUCCUUAUUCUUGAAUGUCCCUGCAUCAUCAAACGAUGGGGAGGUAGAUGAUAUGGGUCGGACGAUUUCAUCUGCGCCUCAUGCUCCGCAGCGCGAAGCCAGGCGAGCUGCUCGGCAGGCUCGCAUCACUAACUCAAGAUCACGGACCCCUUCGAAGAAUCCCGCUUCAUUUGCCUCACCCGACGACUUAUUGGGAUACUCAACAGAUGCUGACCUUUCUGUAUCGACGCAAGGAGAUUACGAUGCAGCAAGAGAAGAUCUUUCUCGGAAAGUUUCCUCCCUUGUUGCAGACAUCGAAUCAGAAGAGUUUCUAGAUCCUAUGAAAGGUCUAGGCAGGAGAUUCGCCGGAUGGCGUGCGUCGUUUGAGGAUUCGUACACCGGUGCAUGGGGUGGACUCGGCUUAGUAGGGGCGUGGGAGUGGUGGGCGCGAGCAGAGAUUGUUGAUUGGAAUCCACUAGAUGAUCCCCGAAGUCUCGACUCUUUCCGUUGGUACACCGGGUUGUACGAAUACUCACGAUUGCCAAGAACAGAUGCCGAUGGUGACGACGACGAUCACGCGGAAGCCCUUGGCCCCGAUGGAGACCUGGCCAACUCGAUGAUAACAACGGCUAUUAUUCCUCGCCUAUGCCAAAAUUUUUCCAGCGGUGGAUUCGAUCCAUAUUCAUCACGUCAUAUGAAGCGACUGGCUGACCUGAUAGAGCAGAUUGAACUCAGUUUUGAGAAAACAGAUAAGAAGUUCCUUGCAUUGCUCAAAUCGAUUAACAACCCAUUCCGUGAGGCGAUUGAUGUCACGAGUAAACUCCUUAGCCCAGCCUUGCAAGGAAGCAACACGAAGGCUGGGUUCGACCCUCAAUCUAUUCCUGCCAGGCGCCGAUUCAUUAUUCGUCGAAUAAAGCUCCUCACAAAUCUCCUUGCUUGGCGGAAACUGGUGCCAGAUGUCCCGGAAUUGGGGGUGGAUGACGCUAUUCGGCGACUCAUUAACGACCUUAUCGUUCCCGUGGCAAAUACGGGCUGGGAAGUUGGCGGGGAAGAGUUGCUUCAGAAGGCCAAGAGCAUGUUGCCGCGUGUCGUGACGUUGUAA